AUGGAAGCGACACCGCCAUGGUUACGCGACGCCCUCCGCUUCGCUCUAACAGCGACAGCAUCGACUGAAGCCCCCUGGUGGGCGCACGACUACGACGCCUUCAAAGCCGCUGGCGGAGGCGACCUUGUCGAUCCGGAUGAUCCUGGCAAAGACCCGCGGUUCCGCAAACUGGUCGAGGCCAUAUUGUUCAGUCGGACGCUCUUGAACACGUACAACUUGGUCCUGCUGGGCGUGCUGCUGGUUUUCACGGUAUGGCAUUGGUCCGAGAAGAUCGUGCUGCACCGGCGGAAGAGGCGCAUAGUCAGUACAACGAAGGGAGAUGAUGAGACGGUGCAUGAAGAAGAGGCAGAGGCCUGGAGUAGCUCGAGUAGUACUAUCGAAGGGAAUGCGACGCCCCCCGAUACCACCGCCGCGAAGAAAAUACACGAUGCCGAUGAAACGAGCCCUCUGCUUCCUUCGCAGCGUCCCCGACGCGUGACGAGACCAGUAGUAUGGCGUCCUUACUACAUGCUCAAGUCUACGCUGCAAUACCAGCCUCGACCCAUUCCUGUCGUCAACAAAACACUGCCCACCAACGCCGUCUCGUUGCUCGUCCUCGCUUGGAUCGGCUUGAACAUCUUCUACAACUUCUACCGCAUGCCGCUCUCCUUCAUGUACCUCUUCGUCUUCGCCGACCGAUGCGGUAUCAUUUUCAUCACGAACCUGCCCCUUCUAUACCUCCUCGCUGCGAAGAACCAGCCGAUAAAGUUGUUGACGGGAUACUCGUAUGAGAGUCUUAAUAUCUUCCAUAGGAGAGUAGGAGAGCUCGUGUGUCUAGAAGCAUUCCUGCAUUUCCUCGGUAUGGUGGCUGUGUGGUAUGGCAUGUUGAGGCAUCUGGGUUUUACGCUGGCGAGAUUCAUAUUCAACCGCGUUGUGCUGUUAGGUCUAGCCGCGCUGAUUGCGUAUGAGUUGAUCUACUUCACGAGCUUGGGAAGCUUCCGAAAGCGGUGGUAUGAGAUCUUUCUGGGCCUACACAUCGUACUUCAGGUCGCUGGAUUGGUUUUCCUAUGGUUUCAUCAUCACACCUCACGGCCAUACGUUGGCGUGUCCCUCGCCAUCUUCCUCAUCGAUCGACUAGUCUACCGUAUGUGGCUGAAGUCCAGUACCCACCCCGCAACACUAGAAAUCCUGGAAGAUGACGAGACCCUGCUGCUUUCAGCAAACUGGGAAGUCGCCACGAAGAAAUCCGCGAUCCUAGCCAAGAAUAUGACACAAGGCUGGAAACCAAACGAACACAUCUUCAUCUCUGUCCCAUCCCUCUCCCGCAAACAUGGCAUACAAUCCCACCCUUUCACCAUCUUCUCCGCCGCCCCAACAACGAAUCGGCAAGAUGGCGACGGAAAACACGCCUGGUUCUCCCUCCUCAUCCGCGCCCAAUCCGAACCAGGUUUCACACACAGCCUCCUCCGCCACGCCCGCGCCUCUCCAACCCCAACAACACAACUCCGCAUCCGCCUCGACGGCCCCUACGGCUCAUCCCACGCCCUCGACCUUUUAGAAUCCUCCUCAACAGCCAUACUCAUCGCAGGCGGAUCCGGCAUAGCAGUCGCCUACCCCCUCCUCUACGCCCUCUUACAGCCUUCCCCCACCGACCCCGAAUCCACUUUCAGAUCCCAGAGAAAAGUAAAAUUACUCUGGAUAACGCAUUCACUCGACCACCGCCUCUGGAUCCCAGAGGAUAAACUAAAGGAAUUAGAAGAUUGGGGGUUAGAUGUCCUUAUUACACCGCCAACUGCACUUGCCGGUCGACCGGAUGCAGGGGGGAUUGUUAGGGAGUGGGUUGAAGAGGAGGAUGUACAUGGGAAUACGAUGACUGGUGUUGUGGUUAGUGGACCUGACGGGUUGGUCAGGGAUGUUAGGAAUACGUGUGCGGAGUUGAUUUGGGGCGGGAGGAAUGUCGAUGUUCAGGUUGAGAAGUUUGGGUGGUGA